UACAUUAGGCCCUGUGGUUUCUUGUGUCAUGAUUCUAUCAUUGGACAUAAUAAUCCUCAUAGGAUUGUAGCCUACAUAUUACUUAUUCAAUCUCAAUUCAACAUGAUAUGGAAUUAUAUGGAACUAUGUAUUGAUUAUGUCACAAUCAAUAGAAGUCUCUGGUUGCUAUGACGUUGUUAACCUAGAUUAACUAUUAGUUAUGUAGUCAUGAUUAUGACUCAAUAAUAUGUCAUAACACUGAGCAAUACCGCUGCUUUUCCAUCCAUAGAAAUUGAAUCUCAUUCUAGUUCUGUGGAUCCAUCAUUCAGUCACAAGACAAAAAGUUGCCUGAAGGCUGUGUAUCAUUGUAUUGUUGACCCAGACGGAGUGCACUUCACAAGGAUUGUCUGUAUCUGAGAAAGCUAACCAUGGAUAACUCUCCUGGAGUGAACCAGGAGCAGGGAGACAUACCAAUGAUCCCAUUGGUCCAUGAGCCCAUGUCAGGUCUGAUAAACGUCCUGAUGACUGCUAAGGAUGAGAUGCAGUGGGCCCAGAACCAGGUGAACAACUUGCAGCAGUCAAUGGACCACAUGCAGGGGCAGCUGAAUUCCAUGCAGGGGAAGUUUAUUGAGUUGCAGAGUGCCCUCUCUCAGCUCCUUGAUGACAUGCCUGUGGUACCUGAAAGGGAGGGGAUCCAACCGACAAACAUCAUCCCUGUGCAGAGGGAGGGGAUCCUCCCGACAGGCAUCAUCCAGAGGGAGGAUCCCAACAAGAACCAAUCAUUCCAACAAGGCAUCAUCCCAACACAAACCAAUGGAAUGGAACAGAUGGAAUGGCAUGGACCACCUUCACCUCCCAUCAUCCCCAUAGUGGGAUCCUGGGAUGCUGGAGUGAAUGCUCCACGUUGUGGACAUUUCUAUGCCAGGAGAAAAGAUAUCCGGAGUAGAUAUGUGGCGGAUCCUGCUUUAAUGACCAUCACCAAGCCGGAACACUCCGAGGCCAACCCUCAGAGCCAGACUGGCAGCUGGCUGGCGGCUGAACCUCAGCCCCCAGCACCCCCAGUACAGAAAACACCAAACAGUGGAGGCUGGCUCAGCUGGUUCUUCAGUGAAAAGAAAGAGGUUCCUCAGAUGACAACGAUACCAGAUGACAAGCCUAGUUCUAAUAAGCCUGUUCCACCUCCUCCCCCGAUGGGGAUGUAUCUAGGGAACUCUAGUCUCCCCAAAGGAGUGAAUCCUUACUCCAUGAAAGCAGCAGGUCUAGCGGGCAGGUAUCCCAAGCUAUUGAACCCUGGUGGGAUCACCACAACGCCUCCAUACCAGGGACCUGGAUCGCUCCCUGCCCAGCACACAACACUCAUGGCACCAAUGGCUGUGCCAUUCGAUGUUUAAAGGCAGAAACUUGCCCAAGGCACUCUACCCUAUUGAGGUCAUUUUCCAGGAGGGAUCAUUUGAUAUUUCAGCAUUUUUAAAAGACAAAAAAAAGCAUAAAAAAGUUAUUAAAAGACUCUGUAUGUUCA